CGGCAGCAGUCCCUCCAGUGUACCGGAGCAGUCCAGAGCCCAGAGUUCAGAGUCCUGUCCUGUCCUGCCUCGGCCCCAGGGGAAGUGGAAGUUGCCCAAAGUCCGCUUGACAUCUUUCUCUCUCUUCCUUCCUUCCGUCGUUCUCCUUCCCUCGCUCGCUUCCUUCCUUCCUGCCCUCUCGCAGCUGCCCCUGGUUCAAGAAUUCCCCCCUCUCUCUCUACACAGUUUUUUGGGUGUCAGCGCCGAGAAUUCUGAGAAAUGCGGAUGUCUGCCCUCCAUGUUCGCUGCUGCCUGCGCAUGUUUUUCCGAAGCUCGUACCAUAGUAGACGAUAAGUGCGCUCGUCGUCUCAAUUGAGAGGGAGAGAGAGAGAGAGAGAAGGGAAGAGAGUGAACGUGCACUGGCGGAGGAAAAUGUGAGUGAAAGGAGGAGGGAGGCGACGAGAGCGGGAUCCGUUGGAACGGCAGUGGGAUUUGAUCGUGGAAUGAGGGAAUGUGGGCGUUGGAGUCGGUAGUGUGGAAGAAAGAUUUGACGGAGAUUGAAGUGUAGAACGACCAUUGCGAAGUGAUAAUAGAGAAGGUGAAUUGCUUCGUGAUUCUGCCCCUUGAAACGGAAGUGAGGAAUGUAAAUGUGGACGGCGAUUUCACGCGGUGUCUUGCGGAGAUUAGACAGGAGGUCUCUGUUCGGCGGAGCCCCGACUUUGAGCUGAGUGGGUGAAAUCUUGCGCCAGGUGUUAUCGUUUUUUCAGGUACUGGAAGCUCAUCGAGAUGCUCAACGAAAUUCUGCGAAUGUAGGAAGGGUCCGAGGGAGCUUGCCAGCAUCGAGUAGCGACACGGCGAAGCACUGUACGGAGACGUGGGUGGGUGACAAAUCUCAUCUGUUCCGAUAGGAACCCUACUAUCUACGCCCUGGGGCGCCGCGAGCUUGAUACUAGAAUUCGAACAGUGAGGUUUGCGUGAGCGCUGAUGAGCAGGAAGGAGUUCACGCGUUGAGUACGGAACCUCGAGAGUACGGAAUGGAAACCAAUUUAGUGUGCAGGCUCGGAUCGCAUGCCAGCUUGCGCCAGUGAUGAGGAGCAUUGGAGCUCUGUUGGGCUUGCACCAGUCCUUUUACUGCAUGAAGGUUGAUCUUCGAAACGCAUCGAGCCCAGCAGGAGACAUACGACUCGCUCAGGAAGUCCAGGAGUUCAUAACAGAAAUUGGACUGAUAAGCUUUGGAGAUUCUGCCAGCGAACUUCAUCCCGUAGGUGGUGCUUUCUUCUGCUUGCAGCUUGACAAAGGGCAAGAGCGAUGGGGAUCUGGGGAGUCGAUGAGGAAGAUGGUAAUGAGAGUGCCAGUAGCGGUAGGUUGGAGAAAAGGUGACCCAGUUUCUGUGUGAACAUAGCAAGGAUUACGAGCAGCGCCGGAAUAGGGGUAGAGACGGAGAAAAUGUGUGGAGUGAGUAGGCUCCGUGUCUUGCAGGUCGUGGUGCUCUUCUGUCUCGUCACCUGGAGCCCAGUGGCGAGGGGAGACGAUCUUCAGGUGCUGUUGGACUUCAAGAGCAAGCUCAUAGACCCCUUCGGCUCUCUUGCUUCUUGGAAUUUGUCGAAUGUAAAGUACUGUGAUUGGUUCGGUAUUGUGUGCGACGCGUCGACAAGCAGGGUGACCAAGCUACAUCUGAACGCUAGCAGUCUCUCGGGCUCCAUUUCUCCAUCGAUCGGCAAUCUCUCUUUUCUGGAAUCAGUUGAUCUGUCUGCGAAUCAGCUGUCUGGCCACAUUCCGAGGCAGGUGAGCGGGCUCUCGAAUUUGACCAGGCUGGGGUUGUUUCAAAAUUCUUUCUCUGGAGAAAUUCCCUCAGAUCUGGGAAUCAAUGGGCGUCUGGAACAUGUUGAUUUGUCUGCUAAUCAACUGGACGGGCCUUUUCCUCCUGCCAUAUGUUUCUCACCGAAACUCACCUUACUAAGCCUCUAUAAUAAUUCCCUGAGUGGCCCCAUCCCUCAGAACAUCAGUUCGUGUAGAAGUCUGCAGCGUCUUCUUCUCGCAGACAAUGAAUUCCAGGGCCAAAUUCCGGAGUCCAUUGGGAGCUUGGAGAACCUUGUCAUUCUGGACUUGUCUAGCAACAUGUUUGUGGGACCAAUGCCCUCAAAUUUCAGCCAGGGCAUUUCCUAUCUAAGCCUGCGAGACAACCAGCUGUCAGGAACUCUAGGAAUUCAUUGGGACCACCUCAAGAAUCUCACGCUUUUGAGUCUGGGAAGUAACAAUUUGAGUGGCCAAAUUCCUCUAGAGCUGGGCGAACUCGAGGUGCUGAACACUCUCCAUCUGGCACACAAUAAGUUCGAGGGACCAAUACCCGUCACUCUGAGUCAAAUUAGGCUUCUCGACAUCUUGGAUCUGAGCAGCAACAAAUUGGAGGGGGAGAUUCCGAAGGAGAUCGGAAAUCUGGACAAUCUCUCGUCUCUGAUUCUGGAGGACAACAAACUCUCCGGCCCGAUUCCGGCCGAGCUCGAGGGAUGCGUGAAAUUGAUCGAGCUGGAGAUCGCGAAUAACAAUCUCAGCGGCGUAAUUCCUCCACAACUUGGCAAGCUGACCAAUUUGCAGUACGGUCUCAACUUGAGCUUCAACAGCUUGAGCGGUCCAAUCCCCAAGGAGUUGGGCAAUCUCACGAAGUUGACCAAACUUGAUUUAUCACACAAUCUUCUCGAGGGCCCGGUCCCUGCGUCAUUGGGAGACCUUCCGAGUCUGCUCUACAUCGACUUGAGCUACAACAGAUUGAACGGCACGGUUCCUCCGUUCAAGACCCCAGUCAACGAGACUCAGUUUGCGCACAAUCGUGAUCUCUGCUUCGUGAGCUGCGUCGGGUCGGAUGGCGGGUCUGGAGGGGAGGGCGCAGGGCUUCCAACGUGGGCGGCGAUUGUGAUCGGCAUCGGGGUGGCUCUGGCGUUGCUGGCUCUGGGUGGAGUCAUCGCCUGCUACUUGAGGAACCAAGUGCAGUACUAUCCGACGGAGGGAGAGCCCAAAGUGCAGUCGACGGAGGGGCGCCUGUUCGUGGAUCCGGAAAGGGAGAACUUCACCUUCGAGGGCGUGCUGGAUGCGACUCUGAUGAUCAAUGAGAACCAUCUGAUCGGCCGGGGCCGCUUCAGCAGCGUCUACAGAGUGGUCUUGCCCAAUGGCCUGGAGCUGGCCAUCAAGAAGCUCAAGGUCGAUACGGAGAAUUCGGUUCUCAGCCGCAGGUUCGUCUCCGAGCUUCUGAAAGUCGACAAGAUGCGACAUCACAACAUUCUCAGGAUCCUCGGAUUUGUGCUCCGAGGAGAUUCUCUGCUGCUGCUGUACGACUACAUGCCCAACGGCAGCUUGGGCGAGUGGCUGCACAGGAGGCCCGAGGCGGUGCUGGAGUGGAGCACCCGCUAUCGGGUGGCGGUCGGCUCUGCGCAGGGCCUCGCCUACUUGCACCACAAUUGUCAUCCUCCGUUCGUGCACCGCGACAUCAACUCCAACAACGUGCUCUUGGAUGCUUCAUUCGAGCCGCAUUUGGGAGAUGUGGGGCUCGCUAAGCUCUACGAUCCUUCCAAGGACACCGAGAGCAUGACGGCUGUGGCUGGUUCGUUCGGGUAUAUUGCCCCAGAGUAUGCGUACACCAUGAGAGUGACGGAGAAGAGCAACGUGUAUAGCUUCGGGGUUGUGCUGCUGGAGAUGCUGACAGGGCGGGAUCCCGUGGAACGGACAUUUGGAGAGGGAUUGGAUCUGGUGUCGUGGGUGCACACCGCUGCCGAAAGGGAAGAAACGCCAGAGCAGAUCCUUGAUCCAGCAGUGUCCACUGCUUCCUUCCACGUGCGCCAGGAGAUGCUCUCGGUUCUCAAAGUGGCCAAGCUUUGCACCAGCACUCUACCUUCAGAACGACCCAAGAUGAAGGCGGUCGUAGAGAUGCUUUACAAAUCAAAGCAGAAUGCCGUACAGCCGUUCCAGAUUGGCAGCUUACAGUGAAGGAAAACCGGCGAACCAAAUUCACAUGUCACUCGGCAAACGAUCUGCACUCAUUGUCACGUUUUUCCACUGUAGUCAAGAUGACCUGUUUCUUGCAUCCAUCCAACAUUGAAGAAGCCAUUCUCUCGUGGUAACAGGGAACCCUGGAGACGGCUCCGACUAUGCCCACCUCAAUGGUGGAUGCUAUGACCAUCAUCAGCUGGGCUUCCUUCAACUGGUCUGGCAGUUUUGAUGUGUACUUUUGACCGACGUCUCUGCUGUUCCUUACCCAAGGUGACUUCGCCUGCAAUUUUGGCCCAUACGAAUAUUUCUAGAACUAUCUCUGGAAACAAGAUGUCAGGACUUGUCAAAGACUGAAGUCUUUGAACAACCACCUCGUAUGGCAUCACUUUGCCCCAGGAGGUACACUUGUACUAGGACUGUUAGUGCGGAAAUACUGGAGCAGCCCCACUCAUCCAUCAAUACUAUAAUCCAAGGGCAGUGGGAAAAUGCGUCGCUAUGGCUUGUACGAUUCCUCUCAUGUUUGCCUGGUAUAUACCAGGGGACUGAGAGUUGUGACACUGUAUACAUCGUGUUUCGAUAAACACCACUAUCUUUGUAACGAUUCCGAUGAGUCGAAUUCCUGUG